UUGGCCAUUGCAUGCAGCUGGUUAUUAUUUGAACCCAAUUUUUUUAUAUAUUGGCAAGGAUAUACAAACAAAUGACACAGUUAUGAAUGGAUUUAAUGAGUGUGUAGAUGUACUAGUCUCUGAUCCUGAUAUACAGGAUAUUAUAUGCGCCGAUGAGCUAAUAAAUUACAAUUGCUCAUUAAAGUCUUUUGGGAGUCCAAUGACGAUGAGGCAAAGGACCAAAAUUAAUCCAGCCCAUUGGUGGAGCCAACAUGGGUGUAGUUCUCCAAAUUUACAAAAGUUGGCAAUGCAAAUCUUAAACCUAGCCACUUCUUCAUCCGGUUGUGAGUGCAAUUGGAGUACUUUUGAAGGGAUUCAUACUAAGAAAAUGAACAGGAGUGCAUCAAAGAGGUUCAAUGACCUAGCCUAUGUCAAGUACAAUCGAUUAUUAAAGGAUAGGUUUGCUAAGAGAGAUAAGAGAGACCCCAUCAGAUCAAAAAAUAUGGACCAUAUUAUGAAGUGGUUAGUUGAUGAUGAUGAGGUCGAGGGGCAUGAAGGAUUGACAUGAAACAUGAUCAUGGAUGCUUUAGGGACAUCAGCUGACCCUCCUAGGGCCACUAGAUCUUCUGCAUAGAGAGCAAAGGUGGAGGAAGAGGAGGAAGAAGAGGUUGAUUCAGAAGAAACGGAAGAGGACGAGGACGACCAAUAUGUCGAGGAGGGUGACGAUUUCGAUGAAUAUGACGCCAAUGCAGCUGACCCAAGAUUUUUUGAUGAUGAAUGAAUGAUGAA